ACACACCAAUUUGUGUAAGUGCUCUCUUCAACAAACAAACAAACAAAAAUGUCCGAACAAGAAGGAAAAAUUGAGAAGAUAGUAACUGAAGCGCAAUGGACUACUGGUUUAUACGAUUGUUUCUCUGAAGAUAUCUCUACAUGCUGCUUCACAUGGUUUUGUCCUUGCGUUGCAUUUGGGAGGAUCGCUGAGAUCCUUGACAAAGGAGAAACAAGUCAAGGACUAGCUGGAUUAAUGGUGGUGGCAAUGUCUCACAUUGGGUGUGGAUGGUACUAUGCUUCACUAUACAGAGCCAAACUCAGGCACCAAUACUCUUUGCCCGAGGAGCCUUGUGCUGAUGGCCCCAUUCACUUCUUCUGUUGUGCUUGUGCUCUUUCUCAAGAACACCGCGAAAUCAAGCAUCGAGGUCUUGAUCCCUCUCUAGUUUUUUUUUGUGUGUUACCAUUGCAAUUACACAAAGGGUGGCAAGGGAACAUUAAUAAAGGAUUAUCAACGCCGCCGUUUGUAGCGUCAGGCAUGGACCGUUAACGAACAUCACAAAUAAACAUCGAUAAAUAAAUAAACCAUGUUAUAUAAUUGGAUGCUGGGAACUGAAAGAUUUAUUCUUAUAUUUUGUUUGUAUAUAUUUUCUAAGUGUGCGAAGUUGUAACCAUGCAAAUUUAAGUAUGAUGAAAUGUAAUCUUUAUGUUUAUAAAAAGUAUAUGUAAAGCUAACUGCCUUCCAUUA